CAACAACUGCCGCCAUCUUGUGGUGCUCGUCAACUGAGCAAAUUAAAAAGAUUCAUGACGACCCUGCAACAAUUUGCCUGCGACAUCUCACCACAAACUGGUCUACACGUCCGAAGCCUCUGUCUGUCGCUAGUGAACAAUCAAGUGACGGUUGAAGAAUUUCAUAACCAGCUACAACAGGCCACAAAUUUUCCAAUGAGGCCAUUUAUUAUUCCCUUUCUAAAGACAACUCUGCCCUUCCCCCAGCGGGAACUUGUUCACUGUUCUCAAAUCGCCAGACUUUCACCACAUCUCUAU